AUGACUGUGUACAGGUGCAGCCAGGUACAUGUGCACAAUGUCACCAUAGUUGCACCAGGCGACAGCCCCAAUACAGACGGCAUAACCAUGGCAAUUUCUGAUCAUGUGUACAUCUCAAAUUGCUCUAUCCAAAGUGGAGACGACUGCGUGUCGAUGCUAUCAUACACCACUGAUGUUAACAUCACUGACAUCACAUGUGGGCCUGGCCACGGCAUCAGGAUGGUGGUGUGGCCAUAA